GUAUAGACGGACAACAGUUUCGACAUCCGCUGCCCGUAGGUUUGCGUCCGCGAACACCUCUACAACCUGGACAAAGACCAGAUCAUCAAAUACUGAUGCAACAGCGAAUAGUUGCAGAAAAUGCACAAAUGCAACAAAAUGUUUCAAACCAAGUCACUCAACAGCAGUUAAUGGAACAAAAACAAAGCAUUAUCAGUCAACAAGGAAAUCCUGGAGGAGAAAAUAAACAGGAAACUGGACAAGAUCAUGGGACAGAUGAAAUGGAUAUGGGUGAUAUGGAUAAGCUGGAACAGGAUACUGGAAAUAUUGGAGAGGUGGAUAUCUUAACUGGAUUGGGCGGCGAAGAUGACGAGGAGCUUUUGGAAUCACUUACAGCCGAAAUAGGCGAACAGUUCAACAUAUUGGAAUAUGCAGACCCAGAACUCGCCGCCCUCAAUGAUGCCGAACACAUACUCGACGGUCUAGAGCUAGCAGACGAUGGUAUGCCUGAGAGACAUGCCAAACGCGACCCUGAAGAGGAAUCUGAACAAAGGCAAGACAACAAAAUGGAUACAGAACUCCAGAAAGCUGUGAAAAACAUAGAGGCUACUAAAUCUGACGGGAAAUCAGAAUUGGGUGAUGUGAAAUCUGAACACCCAGAACAGAAGCAGGAAACGCCUGUCGUAACACAGAUGUUCUCUGACGGCGUCCAAAGGAUCGUCACGCCUAGUCAACAGAUAGCGAUACAGUCGGCAAUGCAAGCAAUUAAGGCGGAGGUGAAGUUAGAGGGAGACGACAAGAGUGAGGGUUGGCGCGGCGCUCCGUCACCGCAGCGGCCACAUCUGUUCACACACCAGCGGCUACAGGUGCCCGUACAGCAGGGAAUAACGCAACGUGGCCAAUUCGGACAGCAGCAAGUAUUAGGGCAGCAGUUGCAACGCCCGCAAGUACAAUUCACGCAACAACAGCACAUGCAUUUCACACAGGGAGCGACUAACGCGCACACACAGAGCAUAGUGAACGCUAUGACGGCGCAAGUGAACGCUGCGUUGGCGGCGGGGCGUAGUUACGCGCCGGGCACUCGUCUGGUGGGACUGGACGGCGCCGUGGGAGUGGUGCGGCACGAUCGCACCGUCGCACUCGCCACGUUGCCGCACUCGUCCGCUGUCACACAUGCACCAGGUGGUGGUCGUGCUCCGCCCCCUCCGCCUUACCCGGGCACGCUGCGCGCCGCCGCCCCGCCGCUGCCCGCAGCCGCACACGCCCCGCCCGCGCAACCCCCGCCCCCCUACCCGCAGGAGCAACCGUUGCUUCUGGAGGAGCUAUUGGAGCAGGAGAAGCGCGAGCAGGAGCGUGAGGGGGGCGAGUGGGGAAGUAACCCUCCACCGGCGCCCGCGCCGGCGCCCCCCGCAGUCCCGCUGUACACCGCCGCGCCGCCCCCGCAGCCGCCCCCGCCCACUGACGAUCACCACUCGCGCCUGCUCUACGAACAGUGGUUGAAGCAAUUCGCAGCCUUCGCCGCCGACCAACAGAACUAUUACGAGUCCGAAGUUCAGAAGCUUCGCAAGAUCCGCAAGUCGCUGAACAGUAAACAGAGACAACUGCGGAAGUCGGGCAACGAGCUGCAGCCGAACGACGCGGCCGAGUUGCAUCGCGUCGCCACCGAACAGCAAGCGCUACAGAAACAUCUAGAGGCAGCGCGCAAACAAGCUAGACAGCAUACAAUGCUUAUUCAGGAAUACGAGACGAAACAACGUCAACAGAAUCCCCAGUUGGUACAACAGAACGUUAUUAAUCAGCAGCAAAUCACGACCAAUCAAACGGUGUUCACUCAAAAUCAAAAUAUAGGACAAGCUCAACAGAUGCAACAACAGACCAUCAACCGUCCGAUGCAGUUGGGCCUUCAAGGUGCCACACUUCAACAACAACAAACUCUCAUACGUACUCAACAAACAGUGUUAGGUUCAGAUGGUCAACCAAUGACGCAACAAAGAAUAGGGCUCGUGACGUCACCAUUAAAUGCUUCAGGAAGAAUUUUACAAAGUGCACGCACUCUAGUCAUAGAACAAACCGGUGCUCCGCAACAGCAGUUGGUCAGACAACUGUCUGGUGUCCAAGAAAGGCCGCAGUCCGUCGGUGGAAUAGUCCAAUUCGGGCAGCAGCAAAUAACUGGCGUCAGAAACACAAUGCAAACUGGGAAUCAAAAUCCUCGUCCACCGGGUACAAGACCGGCAAUGUCACCUCUACAUGUGCAGUCACCACAUUCACAAUCUCCGCAUCAUCCUUUAGCCCCUCAAUCGCCUUUACAUCAUCUGACAUCUCCUAUGCAGUCGCCACUGCAUUCACAACAGUCGCCUUUACAUCACACUUCCCAAUCCCCGUUGCAUCAGUCGACGCAGUCUCCAUUACACACCCAACAAUCUCCGCUUCAUUCGCAACAAUCCCCAAUGCAUCCGCAGCAGUCACCGAUGCAUCCGCAGCAAUCCCCGAUGCAUCCUCAACAAUCGCCUAUGCACCAACAGUCACCGAUGCAUCAACAGUCUCCUAUGCAUCAACAGUCUCCGAUGCAUCAGCAACAGAAUCAAAUGACUACGCAACACUCACCCAUGCACCCGCAACAAUCGCCGAUGCAUUCCCAGCAGUCGCCGAUGCAUUUGCAACAGUCACCGAUGCAUACGCAACAGUCGCCGAUGCAGUCAUCGAUGUCGCCGCAACAUUUCCUACAGCAAUUUCAAGCACAGAGGACGAGUCCGCAACUGCCGACGCCCAGUCGCAGUCCACAGAUUUACCAACAAUCUCAAAUUCAGAGUCCAGCAUCGUCUCAUUCACCGCAGUUACAAAACGCCGAUUAUGCAACCGGUAGGUUUCCUCGGCCAGCACCUGGAUGCUCGCCGCUUCCAUCCAGAUUCGCUAGACCUCCUCAUCAUCAACAAGGUAUGAGAGUGGGUGUACCGUUCGGAAGUCGACAGCAGACGUCCCCCCUAGGUAGCCCUCAACCGCUACCCUCACCGGGCAAUCCCGCGUCGGAGAUAGCGCGUCAACAGAUGUUACAGCGGCAACAGUACAGUCCGAUGGGUGGGGCUCCCGCAUCGCCAUCUAUAUCUAGGUCCCCACACGUGGCGCGGACGCCCACUCCUCACGCUUCCCCUGCGGCGUCCCCCGCUCCCUCUCAACAAGACCACGGCGGCGGCCAUCACCAUCAGAUCGCGCCGAUCCCGCCCGGCUACCGUUACUGUCGCCCUGGCCUCUAUGGUGGCGCCCCUGUUUGGCCGACCAAAGACUCGCGCCCCCACCACUUGGCCAAAGUGUCCAUUCUCAAGCGACGCACGCCUCCGGUUCCACGCCACCCGCCCCCGCAGCAACAGCCCGACGACGCCCACAGUUACGUCCUCUACGCCCCCGAUCCCUCCUUCGACGAUGAUCGCACGCAAGAUGACGACGAGCUAGUCGAGCAUCUGGACGAUGACGACAUCGUGCUCGUCGAGCAGACCGCGGUUUCUCCCGAAGAACGCAUAGCCACCGAAGAGGAUUUCGAAGAGCUCAUAGAUGGCGGAAAGCCGGAAGACGAGGUUGACGAAGAGCCGCCUCAACCGGCAACGCGAACGGAAACCGCUACGAAAACCGUCGCCGUCAUCAGUUUGUCCACCGGCAAGCAACCUUCGGCGAGUGUACAGCAGUACAAGAUCGUCAAUCCUGCCCAAGGAUCGGCACUUUCUCGGUUGCCGGUGCUCAGUGCGACGAUGCUUUCGCCGCAUUCGAAUGCUAAGAUUUUAAACGAGGUAUCGCAAGCUACGGUUGCCUCGGUUUCGAUUGCGAAUCAAACUAUUUCGGUCCCCGUUUUGAAAAACUUGUCGGUGCCGAUCGCCACUGUCGCCGGUCAUCCGGGAGGUGCGAAACCACAAAUUAAAAAAGUGCCGCUCAAUAUCACGAAUCCACCGUUGACGAUCAAUAUGUCGACGCCCCCACUGUCUAAACCUAUCAGCCCGGUUAUCAGCGUCAUAUCUUCGAACGUGCCCAAAGUAGCCAACGUUAACCCAGUUAUUACUUUGGCUACGUCGAACACCGGUGCGGGUCCUUCACGAGUGCCUGUUUCGAUACUUACGCAACCUCAAGUAAAACAAAAGAUAGUGAAAACAAUAGAGAAGCCGAUGGCUCUAUCUUUAUCGAAUACCAAACUUUCGAGUUUAUCUGUGACGCACGACGCUACGUUACCCGCGAAGAUAUUUCAAGAUGAAGCCGCUUCACCCGAUAGUACUGUCCCUCCAGAUAGUAAUCCUGAUAAAGAUAUGCAAAGCUCGUUGUCAUCUUCUUCUGCGGCUCAUCAGUUGUUGGGUAUGUCUGCACAAGCAUCGCCACACGAUCAGCGACCGGCUCCUAUUAUUAAGGAAACAAAUAAAGAUAUUGAUAUUGAAACUGAAAUUAGUCAACAAACAGAACUUCCGCAUACUCUAUGUAUAACUGAUCGGACACCUUUGCUUUUAGGAAAGGCAGAUAUAAAAAGCCCUGAUCCUGUGCCCGAAAAGAUACCUGAUAAUAUCAUGGAAGGUGACGAUGAAGACAAACCGGAAGAUAACAUUCCAAGUAACUUGUUGCUAUCGUAUAAUAAAACUAUGUCUGAACCGCCAUCCCUGAAUCCACCCACGGAAAAUAAAUCUGAUGAAAAUGUAGUCAAAACUAUCAAAGCUAUUGCUAAUCAGGUGAUUGACUCGAAUAUGCAAAUAACUCCAGAUAUGGCACAAGAAUCUGUCCAAAUAUCGAUUCCUUCGCCGACACCUUCCCAAGAGAGAUAUUUAAAUGAUAUAACUAUGCAAGAACAUUCUGAAGCCGUCGAAGGUAAUCCAAAACAUGUGGAGUCAUUCGAGGAUAUGCUUUGUAUGCUAGAAAAUAUAACGGAUGAAACAAAAACUUACGGUAUGAAACAACCAUCUCAUAAACCUCCCAAUCCUAACGUUAGUCUUGCCUUAAAAAAUGAAAGUAAAGAACCUCAAGAACCUAUGGCUUUUCCAAAAAGAGAACCUGAUAGGCUAAGCUUACAGUCUGCGACAGUACCCCAAUUGUCACCACUGUCCCAACCAGCAGAAUUGACUUCAAAUAUGGCAAACGUGUCGCAACAACUUCGUACUAUUAUGUCAUCUCUUAAUACAAACGCGUCUAAGGUGGAGUCGCAGGCCGUUGCGUCUGUCAUGAGAAAAAAUAGUGAUGCUACGACACCCACACAAGUUAAUUUCGAAAAUUUACUGCCGUCGUCUAAAGUAGAAGUUUCUGCAUCUAGACCAUCGCCAAUUCCAAGAGUUGAAAAACCUAUGGCUUCAGUACCAUCAUCUGAUUCAAUGGCAAUAAGCGCUGCACAAGUUUUAGGCUCGAGGGUGAAUACUCUGUCAUCUAUGAAUAUAAAUCAGCUCCGAAAGUCUCCAACAGUAUCACCGAUAAACUCUCCUGUCAGUAUGCAAAAUUCAAUGAUGAAAUCUCCAGCGCCAUCGCCGCUAAUAACGAACCAGACUUUCAACUCUCCUGACGAUUCAAUCACUACUUCAGUAGCAUCACAAAUUAUUCAAAUGCCUGCGCUUUCAAAAAUACACAGCAGUACUCCAUCGUCUAUGAUACAUUCCAGUAACAAUGCGACAGUAACAACCAAUGUCAGUUGUUUUCAGAAAAAUCAGCCAUUACCUACUAGUAUACUGGGUCAUACUUUGCUCCAGCCUAGCAGACAAAUUAAUACCUCCAAUUUAAAUUUCAAUCCCCAAAGCAUAAGUUCUAGCCAACCACCUGCAUUAGUUAUGACUUCUAGACCACUUUUAGGAAAUAAAGAACCAGCUCCCAAUGUUACAGUCAGGACUCAUAGCAUAGUUAGUCCAGGAAUAGCUCAAAUGCAAGCUAAGACAAGUACCGGAUCGAUAAAUUUCAUAACUUCGUCCAAAUUAUUACACACCCAGUUAACAUCGCCACUAAAAAGAUCCAAAUCGACAGAUGAACCAAAAAGUGAAGUCAUAGUUGGUCAUAUACAGCCAACUAAAAGACAUAGCGUAGAGUCUGUAGUAGUUAAAUCGGAACCGAUGGAAACGGAUGAUCAGAGUACCUUAGCAAACGUAGAUCCAUCGAAAAAUCAAACGAUAUUGUCUCAAUGCCCUGCAAAUCAAAGAAAUGAUGAGUCUCAAAAUGUGUUAUUGAAACAACUUUUACAGACUUCAACUACUGCAUCAAAUGUUGUUCCGCAACGCACAAUGACUAUACAAAGGACAGCCCCAGCUUUAGGCACAAUCCCAUCUCUCGAAGCUCAGUUAGCGAGACCUCCCAUACCACCACCUGCUUUAUCACUCACGCAAGAAGUUGAAAUACCUAAAAAUUCUCCUCGUCAUAUCACUACUGUUAAUACUACUUUCCCAUCUAGACCUAUACAGACUAUUCCGACAUCUUCUAUGUCACCGUUAAUUCACACUUCAACGCAAUCUCUAAUGGAUGUAAGAAAACAACCAUCUAUGAAAAUUAUGACCAAAGAAGAGCCCACUACACCAUUGCCAGAAAGUUCACCAACUAUGAAGGGUAUGCCUAUGUAUCCAAUGAAUAUAGAAAAUCAACAGCUUCAACAGGCUAUCAAGAAAGAGAUUGCUCCACCACAACAGAGUCCUGUCCACAGCAGACCAUUUACACCUUUGGACGUUAAGAAAGAAUUGUUGGAUGAGAGUUCUCAACAAUCUGCUACGUCAGGGGUUUCCACUGCCUCAGAUCAAGGUAAAUUAGAUCAACCUAUGAAGGAAGAGUUUUCUGAAAGUGUAAAUAUGGAUCCUACAACCGAAGUCAAUGCUCCAGAAACACCAUCUGAAGCUAAGAGACGGAAGCGUCGAGAGUAUCAACAAAAGAAACGAAAACAAAUGCAAAUGAAUAUGAAAGCGGCUGCAGAAAGUAAUUUGAAUGCAGCUAACGCCAAGAGGCGAUCUCGCAAAGGUUCUCGUUUCGAGGAAGACUACGAUACUUUUAUUGACAAUUUAAUGACUCAAUUACGCUUACUUCCACAAAUGCAAAUUCAAGAACCUGCAUUGACGACAAAUUAUGCCGUAUGUCCUCUUUUUGGCUCAGGAGAUUUGACAAAACUUAAGAACAAAGAUUAUGAUAUUCUUAAGGGAGAUUUAGUGGGAGAAUUCGGUAAUGCCAAAAUACCGAAUGUGGCAGAUUAUUAUAAUACUAAACCAUUUGGAGACGAAGAACCGCUUCCCGAAAAACCAGCUGCGUCCACCCAAAGAGGCUUUUAUGACCAAGAAUUUCAGCCUAUUAUGUUUGAUGACGAUCCUGAGGAUAAGAAAUUAGAUUUUAUUUGUAAAGAGCGAGAUACGGAUACCCCUGACAGUAUUGUUAGUUGCUCUAGUCCUGAGUGUCUCGAUAUUGAACCUGCCAAUAGAUUCCCAGGACUCAAACUUAUUGAAGACGAAGAAGAAGACGAGGAUAGCGAUUCGGCUUCUGGUCGAGUCUCACCUGUGAUACCAAUUAUAGCUCCUGUUCCUAUUAGAAUUAAACCUGUAUCUCUUUACCAGCUUAAAGAGGAAGAUGAAAUCCAGAAACCACUGAAAUGCCUCGAAACUAAUACGCCACUUAAAGGCAAAAUGAUUGAUUCUCCUGGUAGUACAGAGAGCAACGAAAAUGUUACCGUGACAUUAACGUUAACUUCGGGUGCCGCAGAAGAUAUACUCGGUGUAUUGAAAGAGCUUGCCGGUAUUCUACAUAUACCACCACCGACAUCAUAUCAAAUAAUAGAAAGAACUGCUACUCCACCAUCACAUAAGUUAGGUUUAUAUAGAUCGAAAGGUAAAGAUGGGAAAGAGGGAACACCUAUAGACAUUCAAAGCAUUCUCAAUGGUGCAGCCAAAUUUUGUCGCCACUGCGAUGUCGUUAUUUUAGAUUCCAUUGUGCGAGCGAAGGCAUCAGAGUUCCCCCUACUUUCCGCUAACAAGGGCAACGCUGAAGAAAUAUUAUGCGAUAGUGACUCGGAACUGUAUUUUUGCAGUACGCAAUGUUACCAGAGGUUUGCGUGGAGACCGACAAAUAUCAUCCUUGACGGAAAAUCGAAGUCGACAGUCAAAGAAGACACCAAGUCUGAUGUAGAAACGAAUCUAUCUAAAGAUCGCGAUGAUUUCGAUACAGCAUCCACGGAAAGCAUGGAGACUGAUGAUUUGGAUAUCAAGCCUGAUAUUAAAGAUGAAAAAAUGGAUUUAUCGUUCAUGGAUUCGUUGGAUAACGACGAACUCAUGAAGGAAGUCGGAGACGAUGUUAGCGCACUGGAUGAAGACUUGAAGAGUGUCGAACAUGACGAGAAGAGUAACCAAAGUACGGAGCCUGAAAAGUAUAGGGGGAUCAGAUAUAAGUCGUGGUCACCAGGUUGCAUAGGACCUCCGGCUAAAUACAAGCGACCCACGGACAGAGAGCUAACCGAACUUGUGUUCCGGACUGGGGUAUCUAUCAUGCCUGUGACGAAUGAAGACAGCAGAAAGUGUGAACUGUGUGGUAUUCAAGGCGACGGCGUGGCUGAUGGUGUUUCGAGACUGUUAAAUUGUGAUGUAGAUAGAUGGGUCCACUUAAACUGCGCAUUGUGGUCGGAAGGAGUGUACGAGACAGUAAGCGGAGCAUUGAUGAACGUUGAAACGGCGUUAGCAAACGGCUCGAGUGCGACGUGCGCUGUUUGUCGAAGGCUCGGCGCGACAGUGCGUUGUUUUAAAGUACGCUGCGGCAGUGUAUAUCAUCUUGGUUGCGCGGUUAAAGACAGCUGCGUCUUCUACAAGAACAAGACUGCAUUUUGCGCUUCGCACGCUCCAAAGAACGAGAAAGACAACGAGUUGACAACGCUCAGCGUGCAGCGUCGCGUGUACGUGUCGCGCGACGAGCAGCGCCAGGUGGCGUCGGUGAUGCUGCACUCGGACACCAACCACCUGAUCCGCGUCGGCGGACUCAUAUUCCUCAGCCCCGGACACUUGCUGCCCCACCAGCUAGCUGCCUUCCACACGCCCAACUACAUCUACCCCAUCGGAUACAAGAUCGUCCGGUUCUACUGGUCGAUGUGUCGGGCCAACAGUCGUUGCCGGUACCUGUGUUGGAUAUCUGAGGAGGAGGGCCGGCCGCGGUUCCACGUGCGCGCCCAGGACGAGCCGCGCACCGAACUGGCCGCCGCCACGCCGCGCGCCGCCUGGGCAUCGAUAUUAGACUCUGUAGCGGCGUUACGCGAUAAUCGAGGCGAAGAGGGAGUGCUCAAGUUAUGGCCGAAUUACGUGACCGGCGAAGAUUUGUUCGGUCUCACCGAGCCAGCUGUUGUCAGGGUUUUAGAGAGUCUGCCAGGGGUGGAGACGCUGACCGACUACAGGUUCAAGUUCGGUCGGUCCGCGCUGCUGGAGGGCGGGCUGGCGGUGAACCCGUCCGGGUGCGCGCGCGGGGAGCCCCGCCCCCGCGCGCCCCCGCACCGCCGCCCCGCGCGCUCCCUCCUGCCCGCCACCCCCGCGCCCGCCGCCGCCGACCACCCCGCCUGCCCCUACUCCAAGCAGUUCGUGCACACCAAGAGCAGCCAGUACAAGAAGAUGAAGCUCGAGUGGCGGAACAACGUGUACCUCGCCAGAUCUAAAAUACAAGGCCUAGGAUUAUACGCCGCCCGCGACAUAGAGAAACACACGAUGGUCAUCGAGUACAUCGGAGAGAUCAUACGCUCUGAACUGUCUGAAAUUAGAGAAAAGCAAUAUGAGGCGAAGAACCGCGGCAUCUACAUGUUCCGUUUGGACGAGCGGCGCGUGGUGGACGCGACCCUGAGCGGCGGUCUCGCGCGUUACAUCAAUCACUCGUGCCAGCCCAACUGCGUCGCGGAGACCGUCGAGGUGGACCGCCAUCUGCGCAUCAUCAUUUUCGCCAAACGACGCAUCGCACGCGGCGAGGAGCUCGCUUACGACUACAAAUUCGAUAUAGAAGACGAUGCUCACAAAAUAAUGUGCAUGUGCGGCGCACCAAAUUGUCGCAAAUGGAUGAACUAAAACACGGAUCGUCGUGUAACCAGUCUGGAAUGUCGCUUGCCACUACGGAGACCGGCUAUCACAACUAGUUGACGUACCAAAGUGAUUUACUUGUACAUAAUUUUAGUUAUUAUAGCUAAAGUGUGAUUUUGUAUGGAUAAACUAUAACGAGACUUUCGCUCGUCGGUUUCGAUAAAAGUGUAAUUUUUUAUUUAGUGAACUUGACGAGAGUAUUUGAACACAUGUAAAUAAUAUUAAAAUAUAUAAAUCAUUGUUGUUACUGAUUAUGAAUAUUUUAGAUGUGACUGUUUUCUAAGUAAACUAUAUUGUAAUAUAAGAUUUUAAUUUAAUAUUUUGAUGUAUUCUAUACAUGUUUCUUUCUUUGAUAUUACCCUUUUUCAUUGACAUUUUAAUCAUUGAUGUAAUAUAUUAUUUCCCUUCUGUAAUUUCAAUUUUUCUUAAACUGUCGACUCUAUAUGUAUAUAAAAAGGUAUACGUGUAUUAUACCUGAUAAGUAGUAAUGAAAAUCUCAACAGUGAUGAAAUAUUAGAAUAAGUUACCAAAUAGAUGAGUUUGCAUUUACUACGUGUAGCGGAUAGUAAUAACAACAUAACAUGAUGCCACGUUGUGCCUGACCUGUUCGUGUAUAAGUAACUGGUAGGUUAGAUCUACGGAACACCACAGCGCGCCUUCGGUCGACGAUGACGACAUAACAUUCUUAGUGAUAGAUUUAGAAUCCGUGUACGAUUUCACACACGCUAAAAUGGUGUACAUAUAAGUUUACCUAAACAAAAGCUAUAAAUUCGUAUUAAAGAAAUUAUUGAAUCAAUUUUCACCUUGCUGUGAAAUCGUAUGCGACAUUAGCUAGUGUAAUAACUUAUUUGUAAAAGUAAAUAGUCCCAAAUGUGAUAUUACCUCACAUGAUGUCGUGUGUUACUUUUAGUGUGGCCAUUGAAUGCCUAUCGUUGAGAAGAACGACGUUAUAUUUGCGUGUAAUAAAAGUGGUGAGAUCGGCUGUUCAGGAAUUUAAAUAGCUUUUAAAGAAAACACUAUAGGAAGCCUGUAUGAUCUGGAUAUAGAAAAAUGUAUUAGGUGUUAUUGAAGAUGUGGGUAUUUGGAUAGCACAAGGAAUUUUGUUAUUUUUAAUACAGGUUGCCAUCUACCAAUGUUACGAAUUCAUGCAAUAAUAUAUUUAAUUUUAAGUGUUAUGUGCAAUAUCAUACCUUGCAGAUUGUAAAUAUGUUAUAUCCCAUUGACAGACAGAACAUAACAAAUAUUAAUCAUUAGUUUUAUAUACAUAGUUGUAUCAUAAUUGCUUUCGUGUCAAUUUAUUUAUUUAAAAGCAUUCCUGUAUUUUGGCGCUCUAUCUGACUCAAUAUUGUUUCACAAAAAUAAAUUUUGACAUGGUGUUGUUUGUAAAAUUUAUUACUUUAGAAUUUUCUAUACAUUUUAGUAUUUUUAUUGCAUUAUUUUCCUAUCAUUAAAGUUUAAUUAGUAA